AUGACGGGCAUCAAAGACAUUAUGAUCUCCAGACCCUCGCAACCACACAUCUGCGUUAUUGGCUCAUUAAAUAUCGACUUCGUGACAUCCACACCGCGUUGUCCAGGCCCCGGCGAAACCCUCACAGCAACCUCCCUCUCCGUAACGGCUGGCGGCAAGGGCGGAAACCAAGCAACUGCCUGCGGCCGCGCCUCCUUCAUAUCCAAAGAGACCCAAGAUGUCACAGUGAGCAUGAUCGGAGCCGUCGGAGCCGAUGAUGUCUACUACUCAACGCUCCUCAAGCCCGCGCUAGAACAAUCAGGUGUGGUCACGGAGAACAUCGAGGAGUCUGACGAUGCGCAGACAGGCUCGGCGACCAUUAUCGUCGAGGAAGCUAUUGGGGGAGAGAAUCGCAUUCUUGUCGUGCCCGGUGCUAAUCAUGCCGGGAUCAUGAGCGAUGUUGCGCAGAUUAUCUCUGCCGUCAAGCAGCAGGCAAUUAGCCCCGGCGUUGUCGUGAUGCAGGGUGAGAUUCCGCGGAAGACGACCCUGGGGUUGCUCGAGUACUUCAAUGGCGGUGUUUCAUCUGGUGAUCGCGCGCAUGUAGUCUUCAACCCGGCGCCCGUUUACCCCGAGGGCAUUUCUCUGGCGGCGUUGAAGCAUACCGCCGUGUUGAUUAUGAACGAGACCGAGGCUGUGCAGAUGUCGAGGUCCAUUGCCGGUCUGCCUGUUUCCAAUCUGAGCCAGCCUACUGAACUAGAUGACCUGCAGCCCGAAGAGCUGGCUCCGCGAUUUCACGAAACAGCCCAUGUUCAAAUUGUUUUGAUUACUCUGGGCGCCAAGGGCGUCUAUUUCUCAACUCGUACCGGGCGCCGUGGUGUUGUGCAAGGAGUGCGAGUUCCCAAGGUUGUCGAUACCACUGCCGCUGGCGAUACGUUCGUUGGAUACUUCUCAACGGCUCUGGCGCGAUUCCUCGCCAAGGGAGAAGCCCUAGAAGCAUUCGACAGCGAGAUUGCGAGCGCGGUGGAAAAGGCCAAUGCCGCCGCUGCGAAGUGCGUGCAGCGCCGGGGUGCAAUGCAAAGCAUUCCCUUUGCAUAUGAGAUUGAAUAA